AUGUUUGCAGUUCAGGCUAUUUUAGUUGAUGCGAAGGGUUAUGAGCUGGCUGAUGGAUUUGGCAGCUGUGAAUUACAGGAUCAGCUGCCUGAGAGACUGAGUGAAGAUAUUUGUGAAGAUAUAUCCGAUCAUGUUGAACAAAUUCAUGCUCUACUAGAGACUGAGUUUUCGCUGAAGCUUCUCUCAUACUCUGUCAAUGUGAUAGUCGAUAUCCAUACAGUACAACUACUCUGGCACCAGCUCCGUGUUUCUGUUCUGGUUCUGAGAGAGCGCAUUCUCCAGGGGCUACAAGACGCCAAUGGAAACUACACCAGACAGACCGAUAUUCUGCAAGCAUUUUCUGAAGAGACAAAGGAGGAUCGACUUGACUCUUUAACUGAAGUUGAUGAUUCUGGACAGCUAACGAUCAAAUGUUCUCAAAAUUACUUGUCAUUGGAUUGUGGUAUUACUGCAUUUGAACUAUCUGACUACAGUCCAAGUGAAGAUUUGCUUGGUGCUCUAGACGAUAUGACCUCCAGCCAAGGUAAAACAAAAUCAUUUGAAUCCUGGAACUACAGUGAGAUGGAUAAGGACUUUCCAGGACUUAUCAGAAGUGUGGGUUUACUUGCAGUAGCAACAGAUUCUGUUGCUCCUCAGUGUAAUGAAGCAUUAAAUGAGAAAAAACAUUUACCUCUUGCAUCAGAAGAUGGAGAUGAAAGCAAGGACAGGAAAGGACUACAUGAGCUUUCACAAUCUCCUGCUAAUUCUCCUGUUUCUAAAGGACCUUGCUCUGAAAAUGGCAUCUCAUCAACUGAGAACAAAACAGUUUCUGCACAAAAGAAACCAGAAUACAAUCUUUCACAACUCAGUGAUGAAAAAAUCAAACACCCUCACUGUGAAAACUCAAAUCCUAAGAGAUCCAUAAGAGACUGCUUUAACUAUAAUGAAGAUUCCCCCACACAGCCUACUUUGCCAAAAAGAGGUCUGUUUCUGAAAGAUGACGUAUUUAAAGACUACAUGGAAACCAAUGACUUUAAAAGGCCAAUCUCUCAGAUAGUAAAGAAUGAAAUGAGUAGAAGUACACCCUCACUGUUAGAUCCACCAGACAGGUCCAAACUUUGCCUGGCUUUACAGUCAACCUAUAGUAGUCCAUCUGCUGUUAGCCAGUCUUAUGAUUGCUUAAAUAAAAUAGGCGAUAGUAAUCUUGAAUACACAAUAAAUAAUCACUUUAAGAACAGUCCUGUGAGUCUAGGAAAACCUGCUUACUAUACCUGCAAAGAAAAAUCAAAGCACAAGAAGUCUCAUGACACUCCAGAGAAAGUGAAAGCUGGCAGAACAUCUGUACGUAUGUGUAAAACAGCUCCACCAAUAGAAGUAAAAAAAAGAGGACGUUCUCUACAAAAUGGAAUUACUUCUCAUAACUCUCAAUGUCUAGAGGGUGCAGAAACUGAUUCUAUUUCUGCAUCAUCAGAUGCUUGCAAUCAGGGAGACCUAAAUGGACAAUCACAAGGUAAAACUGAGCCUUUUAGUUCACCAUGUAGCCAAAAGAGUGCUUCCUCAGCUAGUUCUGAACAUAUCAACUCAUCACCUCUUUUACCAAGAAGAAAGAAAAAUAAAAGUUUAUCCUCAUCACCAAGUUAUACUCAUACAAACAGUAAAGAUGGUGAGGUCUGGUAUGGUUCUGAUGAAUAUUUAGCACUUCCUUCACAUCUCAAACAGACUGAAGUAUUAGCUUUAAAACUAGAAAAUUUGACAAAGCUGCUGCCUCAAAGGCCCAGAAGAGAAGCUAUUCAAAAUAUUGAUGACUGGGAGUUGUCAGAAAUGAACUCAGAUUCGGAAAUGUAUCCUACAUACCAGGUAAAAAAACACAAAAAAAUGGGUAGAAUUUCACCAAGCUCUUCAAGUGAUAUAGUAUCUUCCUUGGGUGACAGUAUUGAAUCUGGGCCUCUCAGUGAUAUUCUCUCUGAUGAAGAUCUUUCUAUGCCUGUGUCUGGCAUUAAAAAAUAUACUGAAGGAAAGUUGGAAAGGACAGCUGCCACUCAGUGCACUGAGAAUGAAACCUCUGCCUCAAAUAAAUCAGCUUUAAUUCGUCAACUCAUGCAAGAUAUACAACAUCAAGAGAAUUAUGAAACCAUAUGGGAAAAAAUUGAGGGGUUUGUAAGCAAGCUGGAUGAAUUAAUUCACUGGUUAAAUGAAGCCAUGGAAACAACAGAGAAUUGGACUCCUCCUAAAGCAGAGACAGACAGCCUUAAACUGUACCUGGAGACACACUUGAGUUUUAAGUUGAAUGUUGAUAGCCACUGUGCUUUAAAAGAAGCAGUGGUAGAGGAAGGACGUCAACUUCUUGAGCUUAUUGUAUCUCACAAAUCAGGACUGAAGGACAUGCUGCAAAUGAUUGCAAGUCAAUGGAAGGAGCUACAGAGGCAAAUCAAACGGCAACACAGCUGGAUUCUUAGGGCUCUGGAUAUCAUCAAAGCAGAGAUACUGGCUACUGAUGUGUCUGCAGAGAAUGAGGAAGGGACUGGGAGCCCUAAGGUAAGUGGCUUGAAGUUUGCCUUAUUUCCUCUUAUUUCCGUCUUCUUUUGA